AGGAACUGCAUCGCCUUCAAUGCCUUCAGGCCAUCACCUCAGCUACGGGCACAGAUUGCAACGAAAACGAGCCACCUUACAAUGUUGUUCAGCACCGGCCUCGCGCAUCGCGUGCUUCGGGCGGGACGCCUGCGUGGUGAACCCUGACUUUAGCGCAGCGCAUGACGAAAUUAGCGGGCGACCAAACAACAGCAGCCCGAACUCAAAGUCACAAGAUGCGUGCUUUGCACGGUCGUUUCUCGGGCUUUGUUUAGUGCGUUCUGUUUGUGGGACGCCGAUCCAUCCAAGCUUUCUGUCGACAGGGGCAUUCUACAAUGCCAAGGAUCCUGGUGGUGGGAUGAGGCACCUGGUGGGCACCGCCUGCCGACCCCAGAUGACUGCCUCCCGGCGCCGGACCGCCUGCUCCCUGCACUCCCGCAGCCUUCUUAACCUAAGCGCUCCGAUAGAGCCCCUGUGCGAGCUCUAUGCACAGUCGAUAUGCCCAAAUCUUUUAUGUCUUACCGCAGCGUCGACGACCGAGACGACACCGACGACGCGGAUCUUGAGCGCCAGGAACAACACGAUACUAUCAGCAGCGCAACGCCUACCUCGCCGACAGCAACAUUCCGCCCACCACGCCCGAACCGAGCCUCCGACAACGACCUCACCCACCACAACGUGACAGAACGUUCAUCUUUGCUGGGAAACACACACAAUGCACGUUCAUACGCAAGCGUGCCGGCAACCGUGCCCGGUACACCACGUCCGCCAUAUGGUGUACGGCAGUCCAGCCAGCUCGUAACCAGCACCCGUCUGCGUCACAGCCGUCAAGGCUCCAUCAACCAGAAUUUCUCCCAGCGGCUCGUCAACGCGCUGGGUGAUCGGUCGGGCAUCACACGACGGCACAGCACGCAGGAUAUGCAGGCUUCCAAGAUCUCUGUAUUCGCCGACGACCGCGUCUGGUAUGACCAGUUUACUUCGACAGAUUGGGUACAUGAUUCCAUCGCGGAUGCGUAUCGGGUCAAAGCCCUCCGGAGCCGCAAGGACUUCCGGGGCAGGGUCUCGGCGUGGUUUGACGGCGCACAGGCUUGGAUUCUCGUGGCCAUCAUCGGCGUCCUGACGGCACUGGUGGCCUACUUUGUCAACAUGGCCGAGAGCACCCUCUACGAUUGGAAAGAAGGCUACUGUACAAAGCGAUGGUACAAGAGCAGGAAGAUCUGUUGUGAUGGGGCGAGCAUAUGCGAGGACUGGCUACACUGGUCGCGUGUCCUUCGUAGCGACCGCCUGGACAGUGUGAACACGCAAUUCGCUGCCUUUGUAAUCAGCGUCAUUGUGCUCGCAUUAGCCUCUUGCUUCUUGACUCUGAUGACCAAGACGGUUGUUCCUUCUGCGAUAUCGAUUGCAACGCUGGACGAAAACUUGGGUGCCGAGGUGCAUCACGCAAUACACGACGAAGACGAUGGGAAACCAGAUGCGAAUCAUGAGGAACGGUACAACGAGCUCCAACUGCGCCCUCCCAUGGUGUACUAUUCGGCUGCUGGAAGCGGUGUGGCUGAAGUCAAAGUAAUUCUAAGCGGCUUCGUCUUGCACGGUUAUCUCGGUGCGCGUACUUUGGUCAUCAAAACCCUGGGCCUGAUUCUCAGUGUGGCAUCUGGCAUGUCCCUUGGCAAAGAAGGCCCUUAUGUGCAUAUAUCCACGGCGAUUGGAAAUAUUGCCUGCCGGAUGUUCAGAAAAUAUAGCAAGAAUGACGGAAAGCGCCGAGAGAUCCUCAGCGCCAGUGCGGCCUGCGGCGUAGCCGUUGCUUUCGGUGCGCCCAUCGGCGGCGUUCUUUUCAGUCUCGAGGAAGUCAGCUACUACUUCCCAUCUAAAACUCUCUUCCGUACUUUCUUUUGCUGCAUUGCUGCCGCGUUAUCUUUGAAGUUUCUUAACCCGUACGGUACCGGCAAAAUUGUAUUAUUCGAAGUCCGCUAUGUCCUAGAUUGGAAGUUUUUCGAACUGCUACCAUUCGUCCUUACUGGGGCACUGGGUGGUGUCCUCGGCGCUCUGUUCAUCAAAGCAUCCCGCAUUUGGGCACGCACAUUCAGACGCAUAUCGGUCAUCAAGAAGUAUCCAAUGUUGGAAGUGCUCCUUGUCGCCUUAGUCACCGGACUUCUCAGCUUCUGGAACCGAUAUCUUAAACUACCGGUCGCAGAGUUGCUGUUCGAGCUCGCCAGUCCAUGUGACACUUUUACUGACAGUGGCGACGGCUUAUGCCCAACGAAAGAGCAUAUACCCCAAACUCUCAAAGUGCUACUUGUAGCUUUCGUCAUCAAAGCCGGUCUUACAGUCAUAACCUUCGGUAUAAAAGUACCAGCGGGGAUCUACGUGCCGAGUAUGGUUGUCGGUGGUCUUGCGGGCCGUAUGGUCGGCCACGCAGUUCAGCUCUUCGCUUUGCGCUUUGCAGAUGCAGGUUUAUUCGGGCAUUGCGAUCCUUCAGGACCGCCUGGAUCCUGCGUCGUGCCUGGUGUUUACGCCAUGGUCGCAGCUGGGGCAACGAUGACAGGUGUGACUCGUCUGACAGUCACACUGGCUGUUAUUCUCUUUGAGCUUACUGGCAGUCUGGAACACGUGCUCCCCUUUUCGCUUGGUAUUUUGGUCGCAAAGUGGACUGCCGACGCCAUCGAGCCACUCAGUAUCUAUGACCUACUGACAGACAUGAAUGCUUAUCCCUUCCUCGAUAAUAAGGUGCGGCCCGUAUUCACCUCGGAGCUUGGCGACAUCACCGCCCAACCCCGCGCACAGCGUAUCAUCGACAUAUCCGAAUCCGCGCUCGUCCCAGCCUCCGAACUCAGGGAGAAGCAGCAAUACCUCCAGCUACUGGGCGAAAUUGACGGAGGUCUCCCAAUCCUCAAGCAUGAUGUUCUCGUCGGCCUUAUCCCAGCGCCAGACCUAGAGUUUGCCCUGGACAAACUGGAAGAUGAAGACAACACCUUGUGUCUGAUGUCCCCACUUGUCGACUGGGCUGCUGGCCGUGAGCACAUGUCCGAUAGCAGUGAGGCGAUAGAGAACAGCGAUUUCACGCCCUACAUUGAUCCCGCGCCUGUUGCGCUUGACAUACAUUCCCCUAUGGAUCUUGUCUACGAGUGUUUUGUCAAGCUUGGGUUGAGAUACGUCUGCGUUCUGCGAGACGGCAAGUACGCUGGGCUGGUCCACAAGAAAGCGUUCGUAAAAUAUAUCAAAGAGUUGGAAUCUGGUGAGAAAUGAACAUUGCGGACUAGUUUUCAGCACUCUUUCUUUUGCAGACUUUCUUUUACUUACAUUUUCCUACUUAGAUCUUGGAGAAGUAGGGCUUUCUCAUUGAUAUCCCAUCUGCAUACACCACCCCAUAUGGAGCAUGACGACGGCGUUUGGGGGUAUGCUUUACACGCGCACUGUACUUUCCCUACAACUACAAACGGCGGUGAUUUUCUAUCAACAUAACGGAGAAGGGAACAUACAGACAGGCAGGCAACUAGACGCAUGCACCAUAAAGCAGCAAUCGCGCGCGGUGGCUGCGAUUUAGAAUCAGAUCAGAUCC